AUGGCGGUCGCCAUCAUCCUCCUUAAUAUCCUCAUAAUCGCUACGUUCACCAACAUAAGAGGUGGAGGAGAGGUGAUGAAUGUAUACUUGGUGUCACUGGCUCUGGCCGACCUGCUCUACGGUGUGCUCGUAGUGCCAUUUUCCGUAUACCCAGCACUCGUGCAACAAUGGGUUUAUGGGAAAAUUGCUUGUAGAAUAAUCGGAUACAUCGAAGUCGCACUGUGGACCGUGUCUGCAUACACACUUAUGUGGAUUAGUGUGGACAGGUACAUAGCGGUACGCAAACCAGUCCGGUACUUUACGGUACAAACGCGCACAAGAUGUCAGUGCUGGAUGGCGUUCACGUGGAUAUCGUCGGCGAUGCUGUGUAGCCCACCGCUGCUUGAGUUCGGUGAUCCAGUAUUUGACCAGGACACGGCGGUGUGCAUGCUCGACUGGCAGGGCAUGGCGGCGUACUCGGUGACGUUGUCCAUACUGGUGCUGGGGCCCAGUCUGAUCACAAUUCUGUACACGUACGUGUAUAUUUACGGUGCGAUCAGACGGCUGCGGCGCGGCUUUCUAGCACAUGACAAGGAAUACGUAACAGCGUUGUCUGAAAACUUGUCCAAUCCUACACACGUCACGUCAUUCGUGUUGAUCGUAACGUUUUGGAUUUGUUGGACACCAUUGAUGUCCAUCAAAGCAUACCAGCAACUAGGUGGUGUACCGGCGGUCCCCGGCCAUGUCCGUUUCGCCGCCCUGUGGCUGGGCAUAUCCAACUCGGUAUGGAAGGCGUUUGUGCUCAUAUUUCUUAGCCCGCAGUUCCGCGUCAUGCUCAGAUUGUUGUGUUUGACGGUAUUUUGCAAACGGAAAAGUCGCGCAGAACUUGAGCUGCUACAACUCGACAUGGAAGAUCACUUCCUCUAA